AUGCCAAACUGGUCCCCAGGAAGUACCUUAGUGAAACUUGGGUGGAGCCCAGAGAUGGAAGUCCCUGCCAGGGGCGGGGAGAGAGCGAGCAAGUGGGGCGGGGCCGCCCAGCGUCAGCGCAAGAUGGCGGCCUCGUGCGGCGCUGUUUCGCGCUUGCGGAGCGGGCUCCGGGUCGGCGCGCGGGGACUGUGCACGCGGCUGGCGACGCCGCCUCCCCGCACCCCAGAGCAGGUUGCUGAGAUCGCCAGCCGUGGAGGCUCGAAGGCCCAGGGGCCACAGCAUCAGCCUGGCUCAGAAGGUCCCAGCUAUGCCAAAAAAGUUGCUCUCUGGCUUGCUGGUUUGCUUGGGGCCGGUGGGACUGUCAGCAUCGUCUAUAUUUUUGGAAACAACCCUGUGGAUGAAAAUGGUACCAAGAUUCCUGACGAAUUCGACAAUGAUCCAAUUCUGGUUCAGCAGUUGCGCCGGACAUACAAAUAUUUCAAAGAUUACAGACAGAUGAUCAUUGAGCCCACCAGCCCCUGCCUUCUCCCAGACCCUCUGCGGGAACCCUACUACCAGCCACCCUAUACACUGGUCCUGGAGCUCACCGGGGUCCUCCUACAUCCGGAGUGGUCGUUGGCCACCGGCUGGAGGUUUAAGAAGCGUCCAGGCAUCGAGACCUUGUUCCAGCAGCUUGCCCCUCUGUAUGAAAUCGUCAUCUUCACGUCAGAGACUGGCAUGACUGCAUUUCCACUCAUUGAUAGUGUGGAUCCCCACGGCUUCAUCUCCUACCGACUGUUCCGGGACGCCACCAGAUACAUGGAAGGACACCAUGUGAAGGACAUCUCCUGUCUGAACCGCGACCCAGCCCGAGUAGUAGUCGUGGACUGCAAGAAGGAGGCCUUCCGGCUACAGCCCUUCAAUGGUGUCGCCCCUGGCCUGCGGCCCUGGAUGGCAACCUCUGAUGACCGGGUCCUGCUGGACCUAUCUGCCUUCCUCAAGACCAUAGCACUGAACCAAGUGGAGGACGUGCGGACUGUGCUGGAGCACUAUGCCCUAGAGGAUGACCCACUGGAGGCAUUCAAACAACGGCAGAGCCGGCUCGAGCAGGAGGAGCAGCAGCGCCUGGCCGAGCUCUCCAAAUCCAACAAGCAGAGCCUCUUCUUUGGCUCGCUCACCAGCCGCCUGUGGCCUCGUUCCAAGCAGCCCUGACUGUUAGGCCUCCUCAGACUUUGGUAUCUGGGCCUCAGGCCCCAGUCCUCACAGAGCAAGGCUUGGACAGCCACGUGUCCAAUAAAGCGCAUCCCAGAUGCCACA